AUGCAGCGCACGUACGGACACGGAUGGCGCUCGUCGAGGCUGUUUACUCUCGCCACAGCCUGCGUCGCUCUAUUGACCGAAACUCUGCUCUAUGGCUUCGUGGUCCCUAUCCUGCCUCACAUGCUUGAGAUUCGCCUGGGCCAGGAUCCAGCACAAACCCAAAAUCUGAUGACUGGACUUCUCAGCAUCCAUGGAUUUGUCACUCUCAUCUCAGCGCCGGUGAUUGCCUCUUUCACCGAUAAGACGGCAAACAGGAAGACUCCGCUUCUUCUUUCUCUUGUCAGCUGUCUAACAGGAACUAUUCUGGUUGCAUCUACAUUGAACCUGGCAGCACUGUACGCAGGCCGAGUUCUCCAGGCUGUAGCAGGCUCCGCAGCAUGGAUCGUCUGUCUGGCAAUAUUGACCGAGAAUGCAGGCGAAGGAAAUGUAGGAAAGAUGAUGGGACUCAGCAUGUCAUUUGUGAUGGUGGGCACAGUGGGAGGACCAAUGAUCGCAGGCACUGUACUGGAAUUGCAAGGAUAUUGGGCCGCAUGGUCUAUACCGCUAGUGGUGCUGUUCUUCAACAUCAUCGCGCGGCUAAUCAUGAUUGAUCCACUGCAUCAAACCGCUUCUCAAGCGUCUUCUCAUCCAGAAGGCUCGUCUACCGGCGCCCAUAAUCAUACAGAGGAUGGAACUAACAACACUGAAACCUCCCCCCUCCUUUCCCCCAAGACAAAUCCAAAAGCAUGUCAUAACCAAGCUGCAUCAUCAUCAUCAUCACACUUUUACAGCAUAAUGCUCCGCGAACACCGUAUCUGGGCCAGUCUCGCAAACUCAAUCACAUACCCCAUCCUCCUAUCAGGAUUCAACGCAACCUUACCAAUCCACCUUCGCGAAGUCUUCAACUGGGGCUCUCUCCCAAUGGGAAUGAUCCUAUUCCUCCUCCAAAUUCCAUCAAUCUUCUUUGGCCCGCUAUCCGGCUGGUUACGUGACCAUGUCGGACUACGAUAUCCAACGACAAUUGGCUGGACACUUCUCGCCCCAUUCGUUUGCCUACUAGGGGUUCCUGGAGAUAGGCAUUUUCCAUGGGCUAAUGCUGAAACUCUUGGUAAAGAGAUGUUUAUCUCGUGUAUGGCUGCUAUCGGUAUUGUUUUGCCUUUGGUUCAGGGUGCUGGGUUUUUGCAUACACUCUUGGUCCUACAAGACGUCGAAUCGAAAACACCAAACAUCUUCGGCACACUAGGUGGACGCUCGAAAGCUUUUGCCAUGAACUCGGUUGGGAUUAAUAUCGGGCUAAUGAUCGGGCCAUUUAUUACUGGAUUCCUGUCACAAACAAUUGGAUACUUUUACAUGAAUGUGAUUUUGGCUGCCACCUGCUUGGUUCUAUCCGCUAUUUCCUUCACCCUUUUCGACAACAGUAAUCCUUGGAAAAAGCAAGAGGUCCCCGAAUAG